ACCCAUGGAGACAGUUACAAGGAACAAGAUUUGCUCGUGGAUUUGAAAAGGAAAAGAGACCUUCUGUACCGAAUUUAUUUUGGUGCAAAAUGCCUCCGACUCUCUUCCAGAAACUUUUUAACAAGCGGAAUGCGUUUUCAUCGCCGCCCCCGAGAUGUAGCAAGGAGGACCCCGCUUUCAGCUGGCCUCUUCCCCAGCUGGAGCCCAGUCAGAUCAGGCUCAUUGUGUACCAGGAUUGUGAGCGGCGUGGCAGAACUGUCCUCUUUGACUCCAAUGCCAAGAAAAGGGCCACGGAGGAAACCCCAAUCACUAGCACUGAGGCCCAGGUGAAGAUGUUCGGGAAAUGCUGCCAGCUCCGUCCUACAGGAGGCAGCAGCAGUUCCCUCGACAGCUCCUCAUCUUGCACGUCUGAAUCGAAGGAAACCAAGGAGCAAGGCCACCGCUUCCAGACCCCAAGGUGUUCAUCUGAUGUGGUGAUGCUGGGUGAGAUGAUGUUCGGCUCCGUGGCCAUGAGCUACAAAGGCUCCACUCUCAAAAUCCAUCAGAUCAGAUCACCACCUCAGCUAAUGCUGAGUAAGGUUUUCACUGCCAGGACGGGCGGCAGCGUGUACGGCAGCCUGAACACGUUACAGGACAGCCUGGAGUUCAUCGGGCAGGAUAGCAACACGCUAAGACCCGAUCAAAACGCCGGGCCUAACAGUCUCCUAGGGAACAUAGGAUUUUCUCAGCUCUGCAGCCCUCGACGGGCCUUCUCUGAACAGGGCCCUCUGCGCCUCAUCAAGAGCGCGUCUUUCUUUUCAGGUCACAGUCACCCCAUGGACAUGCCUGGCCGAGGUCUGCACGACGAGAGGGACAGCGGCAUCGCCAGGUCAGCUUCUCUGAGCAGCCUGUUGAUCACUCCCUUCCCGUCCCCUGGCUCCUCCUUGACCAGCAGCUGUGCGUCCAGCUACCAGCGUCGAUGGCUCCGCAGUCAAACCACCAGCCUGGAAAACGGUGUUUUCCCCCGAUGGUCAGUGGAGGAGAGCUUCAACAUGUCCGACGAAAGCGCCGGCCCGAGCCUCGGCGUGACCCGGAAGAAGAAAAUCGCCAUCGGGGUCAUCUUCAUGCUGUCUCACAACGCUGAGGAGAACAACCGCUUCCAAGACUUCUUUUUCUCCCACUUCCCGCUUUUUGAAAGCCACAUGAACAAACUCAAGAGCGCCAUCGAACAGGCCAUGAAGAUGAGUCGACGAUCAGCAGAUGCCAGUCAGAGAGCUUUGGCUUACAGCCGAAUGGUUGAUGGACUCAAUGAGUUCAGGAUGACCAUCUGCGACCUCUACACCAUGCCGCGGGUAGCCGAGCCGGUCUGGCUGACCAUGAUGUCCGGAGCGUCGGAGAAGAACCAGCUGUGCGGUCACUUCAUGAGGGAGUUCUCCUUGUUGAUGGAGCAGGCCUCCAAGAACCAAUUCCUUCCCGCGUUACUGACAGCCAUCCUGACCAACCACCUGGCCUGGGUUCCCACCGUCAUGCCAAACGGGCAACCUCCCAUUAAAAUCUUCCUGGAGAAGCACUCGUCCCAGAGCGUCGACAUGCUGGCAAAGACGCAUCCUUACAACCCCCUCUGGGCACAACUAGGCGACCUGUACGGCGCCAUCGGGUCUCCCGUGCGACUGUCGAGGACGGUGGUGGUGGGCCGCAGACAGGAGCUGGUUCAGAGGCUCCUCUACGUCCUCACCUACUUCAUCCGCUGCUCGGAGCUCCUGGAGACCCACAUGCUGGACAGCGCUGAGGACGAGGCCAUCGUCAUGCCCGGUUCGCUCAUCACCACCUCUCUGCGAAAGGGAGAGGUGGAGGAGUCGGAUUACGUGCUGGUCACCGUCCAUAAGCCCAGCGGGGACUACCUGUCGCAGGGAGCCCAGAGCCAGCAGGCGGAGGCCGAGGACAGCAGCUACCCUUCAGACAACAGCCUCCAGAGCAGCACCUACACGGACAACGAGGCCGAGCACGGCACGGGGCACGCGCCCAAGGAGGAGGACGAGGACGACGAGGACGAGGAGGACGAGGACAGCAGCGAGAGUCAAGGAUCGAGGAGCAGCGUGCUUCAGACGGACCACAGGACUGCAGAAGCAGCGCGGAGGGAGUCCGGGGAGCGGCACAGGGAGUCCAGCAGCCCGCUGGCCACGGAGGCCCGACUGGAGACGGUGCUGCGCGUCAGCUCGGCCUCCCCCAGGGAGCCGGAUGCAGAGACCAGGGGCGGCCUGAAGCUCGUCGUUCCGUCCGCGCCCGCGACACCGGCAUCAAGUCCGUCGUUGAGUCCCGUCGGCGCACACGCUCAAACCUGCGGAGCUGAGGUUUACGCCGAUCCAGCAUCAGGGAACCAGCCCUGCAAAGUUCUGGCUGCUCGCCCUUUAGGGAUCCCUCUGGAGAAGAAGCCCCCCGAUAAGACCGUGGCCGCCGCUGUGCCGGUUCCGGGAAUAUCGGGGAACCCGGCAUCGGGGCCCAUGGCUCUGCCUCUCCCAGAGGAGGAAGAGCCGGCAACAAAAGUCACCUUCCUCAUCGGAGACUCCUUGUCUCCCGAAUCGGACACAGAGAGCCGCGGGAGGAAGGUGGAGGAGGUCUUCAAAAAGCACAAGAAACACCUCAAGGAUAAAUAUCCGCUCCAGCUGCAUCAGCAAGGCCAACAUUACCAACAGCAAGCGCUGCAGCAGCUGCAGAGAGGGGCGGAGUCACAGACCAGCAGCACCAGCGCAUCAGAGGACCAAAGCAAACAGACCAAGGCGGCUCCGGCUCUGCAGCGGGUCUCCAGCAAAAUGUCCCACUGGAGCCUGAACUGUGUCGACCAUUUUGAUGAGUAUUUUAACCAGGAGAACCCCGUGGAGACAAGGACUAUAGACGAUGUGGCCAAACAGCAGGAGGCCAGUACCGUGCACAGUGACACACCGGGCCCUUUGGAGGUCCCCCGGCUUCAUGACCUGGGAGAUCCCAAAUUCUGUAGUCCAGGCAGAGGUCAGGGUUCAGGCCUCUGUCUGGGUCUGGGUGGUGUCCAGUUAGGGUCCAGCAGGAAGGGAGACAUUGUGUUGGGUGUUCAGAGGAGGUGCCGGUGUGGCUCCACAGACUCGUCCGACGCCUGCCGCUGCAGGAUCUGUCCCGCUGAGCAGGACAAGACUCUGCUGUUGCCAGUCCCCGUUCCCCAGGACGGAAGCAGCAGCAGCAAAGAGGACCAAAAGGGCAAAACGGGGCCCGUCAACGACUGGGAGAUACCCCGCAACGAGAGCUCGGACAGCGCACUGGGCGACAGCGAGAGCGAGGAGACGGAGGACUGGCAGGAGGAAGUCCUCGUCCCCUUCCCCGGGUCAAAGUUAGUGGAGAACUACUCCAAGCCAAGCAUCGCCAACUUCGGCCGGUCUCUGUUCGGAGGCUACUGCCCCACCUACGUGCCAGACUUUGUACUGCAUGGGAUGCCCAGUGACGAUAAGCUGCGGCAAAGCCUCAUGACGGAACUGACCCAUGCUGUUCAGCAUCCAGUGUUGGAUGAGCCCAUCGCCGAGGCCGUCUGCAUUAUCGCAGACACAGACAAGUGGACGGUGCAGGUCGCCAGCAGUCAGCGGCGAGCCACGGACGUCAACAAGCUGGGGAAGGAGGUCCUGGUGUCCAGUCUGGUUUCCAGUUUGCUGCAGUCCACUCACCAGCUCUACAAGCUCAACCUCUCCCCAAACUUCUGCAUCAUGCACCUCGAGGAUCGUCUACAAGAGAUCUACUUUAAGAGCAAGAUGCUCGCUGAGUAUUUGAAGGGCCAGACGAGAGUCCAUGUGAAAGAACUGGGCAUGGUCUUAGGGAUCGAAUCCAGCGACCUCCCCCUGUUAGCGGCAGUGGCCAGCACUCACUCCCCUUACGUUGCCCAGAUCUUACUAUGAGACUGUCCCGAUGCCGCUCCGGCCCACAAAACCGGCUGCAGACGCUUGACGGCUGAGCGACCGCCGACCCGGAUCUGUGAGCAGUGCUCGUCUUUACGGACCACGGUCUCAGCUGGAGCCUGGCGGCUUUCUGCUGCGGCUAUCUGGAGCAAUGUCGAUGUUGCACCACAAGGUGGAGCCAGAGACCACAGACCGGCAGACAAACCUGGAAACGACCUUCUCCUGUUGUUUGAAUGUUUCUUUUUUAAACUGGAAUCUUUUGGAAUUUUUGGACACAUAUGCCAAAGACUUAAUUUUUUUUUUCCUGGUGAGAAUGAAAGAUUCAGAAAACGACAGAUUUAGUUUCUUCAACUGCUUUUUUUCCUGUACAAUCCUAAACUCAGUCAUACGAAACAAUGAACUACAAGUUUGAAUGAAACAGGUGGACAUUUUUGAACAUUGCUUUGGGGUGAACAUCAUUACCAACUUUAUCAAUCUUAUGCCAAUUACAUUUUUGGUUUAUUCUCACGUAUUUUGUUUACAAGCCAAAUUUCCCUGAGACUUCUCAACAAAUCAGAUUUCUUUUGUUGGAUUUUUAGCAGUGGCCACCUGAUCUUUGGUUUGACGUUUGGGCUGAUGGGUAAUCAAACUCACCGUCUUUUUGUUUUUAUUUUUUUAUAAAAGAUAGAAUUGGCUUUGACAUUCUUCCCGUCGGUACAGCACUACCUCAGAUCUUCAUUGUGGCAGUGACACACCCACGCUCAGCUGCCCAGCAGAAAAACCUUGAGGUAAAUCUUUCUUUAAUGUUUUAAUCAGAGGAAUGUCAACUGUGCAGACUCAAUGCUGUGUUCUUUAAAAAAGAAAUAGAAAAAAAAAGGGAAGGCUGUUUAAUUCCUGUGGACGACCGCCGAGAUGACGGAACGUCCCUUUAUACUGUGGAGAAGCUAAAACAUGCAUUAUCUGCAUAUAUUUUACAACCAAAAUGCUGAGAUAUUUUCACACUUUUAUAGCUUGGCCACCUUUAUACAAAUGUUUACGGCUCGGAUGUUUGCUGCAGAGAGAGGAGGAGCACGGUGGGCCUUAUAGUGGAUGUGUGUGUGUCAGCUGAGGCUACUUCAGAGCUCGUUUCUGUGACAGCUUGACACACGAAAUCUACAGCGGGACUUCUUUUUUUCUUUCUUUCUUUCUUUCUUCCUCCUCAUUGGCAGUCACAGAUAAGCAGGGUGCGAUUUUUUGCGUUGCGGUUUAGCAGCUUUUUUUUUUUUUUUUUUUUAAUUGCCACAAACUUUUUUCACAUCACUACUUUCUGUCAUGUAGAGAGCGUCAGAAGUGGAGAAAAGAAGUAUUCGCUAUCAGAUGGGAAGUUAUAUUUGCUAUCUAACGAAUGUAUCUUGAUGGAAGAAGAAGUUUUUGGGGUUUUUUUCCAGGUUGUGCUUUGAUGUACUAAUCCCUAAAUUCCCACAAAUCUUAUUUUUAAAGCUGUUUUUAAUUCUGAACUGAGCAAUUAAACCCUCUGCCCCUUUAAGGCAAGGGCGUGAAACAUAAGGCCCAUGGCCCAAAAUGGGCUCGUCAACAAAAUAGCAAAAAUGUUCAAAGAAAGCAAAUUUUAGACAAUUUGUGUAAGUUUGACACCCCUGCUCUUGACGUGCUCAUAAUUUGACACCAGCCUCAUUGUCUAACCAACUGCUGCUUUGCACAGUAAUAUGAUCAUCCAUGUAGGAAUUUGUGACCAGGUGUGGAAAUGUAAUGUGCGGGCGUCCUUGGAGAUGGGACUGAAUGUGUAUCAGGCUUGUUGUGGUUCAAAAUGAGCAGCUGGCACCUUAACCUGGAAAACUGGACAGUGCUUUCUUAUUGGCUGAAAUCGCACCCUGUGUAUUGUCCAAGUCUUAAUGCUUCACCGGCUUCUGGGAAAACUGUCUAGAAUGCAUAUUUACAUGCUUGUUACUGUAAUGGAAGAUGCUCCGCUAUAUCAGCCUACAUUUUGUACAACCCAACCAUUAUGUUUUAAAACAAGGUAUGACUUUGUAUCUGCUUUUUUUUUUCUUUUCUCCUCUUUGUAUAUGAUUAAAUUAUUUAGUUGCUCAUGGUAAAGCGUAACGGUUCGUGUAAACUGUACAUACUCCAGUUUUAUUUCCAUGUAUUUGUACAGAAUGUCUUUUAAGAAUUGUCUUUUCAAAUUAUUUUUUUCCCAAUUUUAUGGGAACGUUGUGCAAUAAAGAUGCUGAUGUUGAAUUGUA